AUGCCCGCGAUACUCAAAUACGACUCUAAUAUGGCCACUACCACUGCCCCUACUAUUUCAUGUACGAAGGAGGAAAACAUUAUACACCAGGCCUGGCACUCCCUCGAGGAGGCUCUUCACCUGCGCGAGCCUUUGCCUCCACCAGUUCCCCCCAAGGACGAAAGGUGGCUGGUAAAGACAGUCGACCUCUCUCUGCCUCACGACCAGGAACCAGAUCCCACCUUCUGGGACAAGAUUGUCCUCAAAAUCACAUCCCUUCACCCUUCCAACUCAGACAAUGACGACAUCCAUGAUGAAGAGGCAGUCUCAAUCUCAGCCCCUGCCGAUGCAGCCCUCAAACAGCUCGGAGUGCACGACGACGAUCACGACCGCCAAGAAAAGUCCAACUAUUUCAAGAGGAUGUCUGCUCGCUGCAAGGAAAAGUUUGAGGAAGACAACAGACACACCGCUGGCUCGGGUGCUCUCACUUCCUCUAUUUCUACUACCUCUGUCGACCAGGAGAGUUCAGACGACAACAACGAACACGAGCACCACCACCAUUCGAUCCGAUACCUUCUUCCUUCACGCUGGACGCAUCGUCAUCGGGAAAAGCAAGUCAGUAUUUCGCCCAGGGUUGAUCCCAAGGAGAUGAAAGCUGCUCAUGCGGCCAUAUACCACCAGAGCCAGGAGAGCAACGACGAAGAUGAGCGCGAGGGUCAUAGACUGUUUGGAGCCUGGUGGGGCUGUCACGACAACAGGUCCGUGAGCUCGUUGGACAACGGUAUUGAGGACGACUGGGAGAAGAUCAGCCUGCCUUCGCACAAGGACGAGAAGAGACGGAGUAUGGGAGAGCAGAACGGAGCCCUCCCUGUUAUCUAUCUGCCAGAGACAGGCACUAGCAAUGGAUCAAGGCGGAAGUGGUGGAAGCACAGGUCGCACUCGUCCGAGUCUUCCCUCCUGACUACUGCCGCUGCCGAGACCCCCGCAUCGCGGAAGCAAGACCAAAAGGCUAAACUCAAGAAGCACCAAGCCAUAGCCCAAGCUGCUGCUUACGAGGCGAUGAAGGAGUACCAGGCGCGCAAGAUCCGUCAGGGCAAGAAGGUGUCACAUGGCGAGAUGAAGGCUAUUCUCGCAGGUAUGGCGAUGGCCGAGGCGAUCAAGCUGCUCGAGUCCCGACUUGGAAGCGACGAGGAUGAUGAUGAGAGAGAUGAGACUGUUGCUGAGGCUGGAUCCUCUGCACUCAAGCUCUUUGAGCUCUUGCGGCAACCUCUCAUGAACGCAGGUCCAGGUCCAGGUCCCUCCGCCAUCGUGGCCCAAGGCCCGCCACCUACUGGAAACAACCCCAACAGCAAAACCAGCGCACCCUCAGGAACAGGACCAGUCGGCCUUCAAACAACAGUGCCCGGUGACGGUCAAGCACCCAUCGUCGCCUCCCCUGCGCAACGACUCGACGCGAUUGACGAGCAGGUCUGGCUCCAAAUCGGGUCACUUGCAGAAUCGAUGGGCGAGUUUGAUCGAGCCAUGAACUCUUACGAAUCUGCCCUCAGUCACAACUACCAGUCCAUCAACGCUCUCAACCUCAUUGCUGAGCUCUACCGGUCUCGCGAAAACUUUGCCAAGGCAGCCGAGAACUUUAAGAGGAUCUUGGCAAUCGACAAUGCUAGUGGAGAAAUCUGGGGCUCGCUUGGGCAUUGUUAUCUGAUGAUGGAUGAACUCCCACAGGCUUACACUGCUUACCAGAGUGCCCUCCACCACCUCCCCAACCCCAAGGAUGCGAAACUCUGGUACGGCAUUGGUAUUCUGUACGACCGCUACGGUUCGUCCGAACACGCAGAGGAGGCCUUUUCAGCCGUCAUGCGUAUGGACCCCAAGUACGAAAAGGCAAACGAGAUUUAUUUCCGUCUUGGAAUCAUUUACAAAGGACAGCAAAAGUACGCCCAGAGUUUGGAGUACACAGCAGCAAAGGAUGCAUACGAGCGCGUGUUGGCCGAAAAUGCCAACCACGCCAAGGUCUUGCAGCAGCUCGGAUGGCUUUAUCAUCAGCAAAACGCUGCAUUCGUGAAUCAGGACCAGGCUAUCGGCUUUUUGACCCGCUCGAUCGAGGCUGAUGGCUCAGAUGCCCAGUCUUGGUACCUGAUGGGACGAUGCUACAUGGCCCAGCAAAAAUUCAACAAGGCAUAUGAGGCGUACCAGCAAGCUGUUUACCGCGACAGCAAGAACCCGACCUUCUGGUGUUCGAUCGGUCUUCUCUACUUCCAGAUCAACCAGUACCGAGAUGCGUUGGAUGCGUACAGCAAGGCGAUCAGGAUUAACCCCAACAUCAGCGAGGUUUGGUUCGAUCUUGGCGCUCUCUAUGAGGCUUGCAACAACCAGGUCAGUGACGCGAUUGAUGCUUACCAGCGCGCCUCGGAUUUGGAUCCCGAGAAUCCACAUAUCAAACAGCGACUUGCUUAUCUUCGCCAUGGCGGGCCAGAGCCAGGCGGUCCUCCCCCUCCAUACCCAGGAGAGAUGAACCCUAACGGAUACCCACACAACACAGAAGGACCCAAUGGGCAGCAUGCCUUUUCUCAAAGAUCUACCAUGGCACCUCAGGGUCCUCCUACAGGAAUGCAGGGAUACAGUGGACGCCAGCAACCUGGACCCCCUGCUCCUCUGAUGAAUGAGCAUCAGGGACGGGACUUGCCACUUCCAGGCCCUGGAGCAGGUUCUUCAGGACACAUGGGCGACGAAAAGCAGCCUCAUAUUCCUGGCAUCAACGCAGCACGUCCUCCAACUCCUGUUGGCGCUAUGCCUCAGAUGAUGUCUGGAGAUCGUCCGCCCCAUGCGGCAACUCCUUCCGCGCCGGUUCAUGUUCGCCCACCUCAGGGUCCACCUCGAUCACCUGCACCUGAUGCACGCUAUGGAAGACAUGGAUCGCCUGCCAUGGCACCUCCCGGUAGUGGGCAUGGUCAUGAUCCUAAUUACCCACCUCAGCACAUCUAUGGACCUCCUCCUCCACGCGGAAUGGUACAAGCAGGUCCUCCUCAAGGAUACGAGCGACAGGAAGAGGAUGCGAGAAUGAGACAAGAUCACCUUCAAGUUUACCAACACCAACGUCAACGCUCUGGGGAGUACAUGCGACCAAACAACAUGGAGGAGGGCCAGCAUGCACCUCACCAUCAACGUCGCCAUCCCUCAGAUCCUCAUGCCCAUGCUCCAACACCCCCAAAGGAUGACCGUCGACCCAUCCCACCUCCGGGGACAAGCUACCCUCAACAAGGACCUCAGCACCCUGAAGAGCGCUGGGCGCAGCAUGGCCGCCACCCAUCGGAUGAUCGAUCUCGGGAGAUGAUGCAGCAACAGCAGCAUGCCAAUGCCGGUCGCAGCCAGGGAAUCCCACCAAGUUUCCCACCAAAUGCUCCAGGCUAUGGACCACCAAAGGACCGAAACUCUCAACACAUACAACAGCAACGUUCUAGCAACAACUCUCCUGUCCCUGGUAGCCACCCCGAUUACCAGAAACGAGACACCAGAGAACAGGGCGUGGCUUAUGAGGGACAAGAUCAGAACCGCCGAGGCAGUGGUAAGGAGCACGAGUCUCAAGGACCAGCUCCACAUGGCAGUCGGAUGGCGGAUAUUCGACCUACGGAGCAGCAAGAUCAGGAUGACAUUGCGGCUUCACUGGUGUCUCUCAGUGAGAAGGGAUAUGGUGGAGGUGACGCCAACGGCAAUUCUCGCCACCGUGCACGCGCUGAAGACGAUGACUAUGAUAUGGAGGAGCCCGACUCAGCAUCUGUUGGAAACACACGUCCACCUGUGACACAGGACACCAAGGAGCGGUCAUCUGCGCCUGGAUCGUACAGUCAGCGCGACAACGGACGCGAGCAGAGUCCUACGCCUCAAUCGGGCUCUUUCACACAGCAGCAAGGACAGGGUCAAGGACGACCUGAGGAGCGAUCUGAGCCACAACACCGCGGUCCAAAUGAUGGAGAUGAUCGGGGAGGACCUAUCAGUGCCACUCGCGUUCGGAGCAUGGAUUCGCUGGCAGUGCAUAAUCAGCAGGAGCGGCCAUCCACAAAUGCUGAGGGUGAAGGUGCCUCGAGUGCGCGCAAGGAGGAUGAUGAGGCAUUGGCCUCUGUUGAGCAGCCCACAUCGACGAACGACCAACCACAGCAGCAGCAGCAGCCAUCGUUUGGACAGCAUGCAAUGGAUGAGAAGGACCGCAGUGCUGCACAACAGAACAACAAGAACGACAACGCUCGACCCGAUUCACCCGUCAGACCUCCAACUUCUGGAUCAUUGGAUGUCUCUGCAGUUGCCAAGCCAGCUUCUGCCGCUGUUGCACCAGCGCAGGAUGACGAUACAGAGAUGGAGGAAGGAGAGGUGCGCGAGGAUGAAGAUGAGGAGGUGGAUGAAGUUCUGAGCUCUGGCGCUGUUCCUACUGCUGCUGUCGCAGGCAAGGAUUCAGUAUCAUCGUCCAUGGAGCAGAAGUAG